UGAACAAAUGAAAAGAAAACCAAAUCAGCAAAAUUAUGAAAAUUAUUCUUAUUCUUUUUUGUUUUUCAUUAAUUUUUGUGACAAAUUCUUUAACAGGUGAACCAAUCGUUAUUGAACCACGUCAAGAAUUAUCAAUCGAACAAUUAUGGCAACAAAUUGAUAUGGUUUUAGAAUUGAUGCAAUUAAAUCGUACACUUGGUGAUUUAAUUGCAUCAAGUGAUCAAGAUUUUUCACGACCAUUAGAAAAUCUAACCAAUUGUUAUGCAUUUGAAGUUAUCGAUGAUCAAAAUCGAUCAACAUUUAUCAAUAUUUUCGAUAAAAAUCGUCAAUUUAAUGAUAUUGUAAAAUUUUUCUAUCAAGCAUUUCCUGAUAAUGAUUUAACACCAAAUUCAAUCUGGUCAUUACUAUCAUCAACACAGGAAAUAAUUUUCCGAUGUUUACAAAUGGAAAAUUUCCCAGAAACAAAUCCACAAUUAAAAUUUGGUUUUACAGAACUUUCCGAUAAGGAUGGAAAUUAUAUGAGAAGAAUGAAUGGACUUGGUUCAUCUUAUUAUCAUAAUCGUAGACCAUCAUCAUCAUCAUCAUCAACAAUGGAUGAUUCAUAUCGAGAAUGUUUACGUAAAUCAAGAAAUUUACCCGAAAAUUUUGAUUGGCGUGAUAGAAAUGUUGUUACCCCUGUAAAAAAUCAAGGUUCAUGUGGUAGUUGUUGGGCAUUUGCAACGGCUGCUUCGAUUGAAUCAGCUUAUCUGAUUAACAAUCGAAACAAUUCAAUUGAUCUUAGUGAACAAGAAUUGGUUAGUUGUGCAAAACCAAAUGGUUGUCAAGGUGGAACAUCAUCAAUGGCAUUUGAUUUUGUUCGACGUUAUGGAUUAACAUCCGAACAAAUGAUGCCUUAUCGUGCUAGAUCAUCAUCAUGUCGUCGUUUACCAUCAUCAGUUGUUGAUAUUCGUAAUUAUUGUGUACGAAGUAAAUUACGUUAUUCGACUGGAUCUAGAAUCGAAAAUCUUAACGAUGAUGAUAUACAAAAUGCCCUGGUUACAUUUGGUCCAUUAUACAUUGGUGUAAAUGCUGAUCGAUUAUCAAGAAAUUAUCGUGGUGGUAUUGUUGAUGAUCGAUCAUGUCCAAAACAAAUUAAUCAUGCUGUAGUAUUGGUUGGUUAUACACCUGAUGCAUGGAUUUUAAAAAAUACCUGGGGACGAUCAUGGGGUGAACGGGGAUAUUUUCGUUUAGCACGUAGACAAAAUAUAUGUGGUGUUAAUACUGAAAUUGCUUAUCCAAUAAUUUAAAAAAAA